CAAGCUUUGGUACGCGCAGCACUUCUUCUCAUCCCUUCCCCGAACUCACGAACGCACGCCGCCACCACCGCCCACCGUCGUCUCGUCGGAGAUGGCCUCCUCCGCCUCAUGGCCGGCGUUCGGAGUAAGCCCAGAGGAAGCAGGGAAGGGUAAAUGGUACAUCGCAACUGCUGCUACCAACCACAUGACCAAUGACAAGAGCCUCAUCUCCGACCUCAAGCCUGUCGCCGAUGGCCGUAAUAUCAUUGCUGAUGGCAAUGGUGCAGGGUUGAAGGUGCAGGGCAGGGGAGCUGUGAACACAGAAACUGUGGUUCUCCCUGCAGAAGUGUGGUAUGUGCCGGAGAUUGAUGAAAACUUGGUUUCUGUUGACCAGCUCAAUGAACUUGGCCUCAGUAUUUCGAUUGGCCGAGGUGUAUGCACCGUCACUAGAGUUAGUGAUGGAUCUGUAGUUGGCAAAGCGCGUAGAUCAGGUGGAGUCUAUGAGGUGGAAUUCCUCAAGGUUCCCCUUAAUUAGCACCAGAAAUUCCUUGCUGCAGUAUCAGUUGGGGUAGUCAGACUCGUAUGAUGAUAUUGCCUACUAUAUGCAAUGCUUGUUGGGUUGGAACUUAAGUUGGAUCUUUCAGUAGUUAAGGGAUCUGGAGUUUUCUCUGAAUGUAAAAACUAAAAAGUGAAAGAAGGAGCUGCCUGUGAGCAGAACUGAGGAUUUUACCAUGUUGGUUUGACCUUGUCUUUUA